AUGGCACAGAGGACCUCGCCGCUGGGCCUGGCAGGUCGUCCUCUGGCAGGCUCAGCCCUGCGAUGUGCACUGUGGGCGCCCGUGCCCAGGUGUCGCUCUUGCCGACCAGCGUCGACAGGGCCUCCUGUGAAGGAGGGCGAGGUUCUGGAAAUGCGCAUGGAGACGCUGACCAGCUCAGGGCAGGCUCUCGGGCGAAUUGGUCCGACGCGAUGGGUGGUCAUGAUAUUUGGCGCACUCCCACGCGAGCUUGUUCAGCUGCGGAUUGUGCGAAACUACCGCAGCCGUUCGGAGGCUCGGCUGUGUCGCAUCCUGGAAGCCUCCCCCGAGCGAGCGGCGCCAAGGUGCCCUCUCUUCAUGCAGUGCAGCGGCUGCCAGUAUCAGCACCUCAGCUAUGAGUCACAGUUGUACUGGAAGCGCGAGCAUGUGAAGCAGGCCCUGUCGCGAAUUGCUGGCAUUGCUGCAGAUGUGGCUCCCACAGUGCCAUCGCCGCUGCAAUACCACUACCGUACGAAGCUCACCCCGCAUGCGCAGGAGCCUCCACCAGGGCGCCAGCGAAGGGCGCGGGGUGGCGAGGACGAUAUAGACUACUCGGCCAUCGGUUUUCUGGAACAGGAGUGGGGUUCCACACGGGAUGCUUCCGGCCGCCGUUGGCGCAAAGUCGUCGACGUGCCGUCUUGCCCGAUUGCGACGGAGGCUUUGAAUCAGGCGCUGCCAGCGGAGCGCGCCAAGGCCUGCACCGGGGGCCAGCCUAAAGGUAAGCUGCUCCUGCGUGAUACUGCCGUCGAUGGUGUGGCGGGGAGCAGAGAGCUUUGGAGUGACAGACGGAACCGUCUCAGGAGGGUUCAAGCGUGA